AUGUCUGCUGUCAACGCGCAGGCAGAUGCCAGCAAAUCGGCGUCCAAAAAGAAGAAGAAGAGCAAGAAGAAGGCCAAUGGCCAGCCCACAGCAGGAAGCACGUCCGUCGGACACAACGGUGCCAAGGAGAUAGCCGAUGAGGAUGGGGAUGAGGAUGAGGAUGAGGAGUCGAGUACGCACGCACAAGCUAUCAUGCCUUCCAAAGGCUCAGCUGAGGACUCAUCACACACGCCAUCCACACCAACCGAGCCAGCCUCCGCGACAGAGCAGCCAUUACCUGUACGGAUAGGUGCUCAAUGGCCGAAGACGUCUAACGGAGCGAAGCACGAACCAGAAGAGGACGAAGAUGAAGAGGAAGACGAAUCUGCUAGACCUUCACGACAACCAUCAAUAUCCGGUGACACGACCGCACGACUCGACGCUAUGCAGCAGGAACGGGACAGCUUACGCGCUGAAGUCACCCAGCUGAGGAAGUCAUUGGAGAGCUUGCAAGAUGCACAAGGCGACGAGCUGUCGACUGUCAAAAAUGAGCUGCAGCAGACACGAGAAGGGAAGGAACACGCCGAGACGCAGUACAAGAAUCUGCUUGGAAAGGUCAACACAAUUCGAUCACAGUUGGGCGAGCGUCUCAAGUCAGAUGCUGCCGAGUUGGAGCAAUGCCGCGAAAGGAUAGAAGAGCUGGAGACAUCCAACCGGACGGCGCGAGAGGAGAAUCAGCGGUUACAGGAGAACAUCUCGAAGCUGAACACCGAUAUGGAGUCGCAAGCCACCGAGAUUGAGAGCCUACGGAGCCGAACAAAUCUGUCAACCAGUAAUUGGGCGAAAGAGCGAGAUGACAUGGUGCAGAAGGAGGCUUAUCUCCGAGAAGAGUACGAGAUUGCGAAGCAAGCCAUGCAAGAUUGGGAAAUCCUGGCUACGGAGGAGCGGUCAAGAAGAGAAGCACUUGAAGAGCGAAUGCAAGAGCUGGAAGAACAACUUAACGCACAACGAGAAGCAUUCGAGCGGGCACAAGGCGAGGCCAAUACGCAAAGCAGCACGGUCGAUGGCUUACAGCGAGCACUGCGAGAUCUGCAAGAGGAGCGAAAGAGGGAGCUCAGAGAGAUGGUCGAACAGUCACAAACACAGCUCGAUGCACUACGAGCGCAGACGAAGACUGCUGAGGAGACCGCAGCAGAGUUCAAGGCACAGCUCGAGACCACACAGAGAGAGCUUGAGCGUACGGCACCUUUCGAGAAGGAAGUGAAGGAGAAGAACUUGCUCAUUGGCAAGCUCAGGCACGAAGCGGUGAUCCUGAACGACCACUUGACAAAAGCGCUCCGCUUCUUGAAGCGUGGCAAGCCUGAGGACAAUGUCGAUCGACAGAUUGUCACGAACCACUUCCUCCACUUCUUAGCCCUGGACCGCUCGGAUCCCAAGAAGUUCCAGAUCCUGCAGCUCAUUGCUGCACUGCUCGGCUGGGACGAACAGCAACGCGAACAAGCCGGCCUCCUCCGUCAAGGAUCUGGCUUUGCGUCCGCCAGCGGCAGUCUUCGCGUGCCUAUGUCGCCCUUCCGGCGAACGCCCAGCACACCUUCACUUAGCAGCGACUUCAGCCCUCUUUCACCUACUGGCGAGCAAGGGCGGGAAAGCCUCGCAGAGCUUUGGUCAGACUUCCUCGAACGAGAAGCAGAGCAAGGCGGCGGUAGUAGCCGGAGGCAAAGUAUACAAAGCAACAGGAGUCCAAGUAUUGGCGUCAUGGGCCCCACGAGCGAAAGAGGUGGACCCAUGAGCUCAAGACCUGACUUGAAGCGGAAGGAGAGCCAGACGAGUCAAGCUAGUGGCCACGUCAGGCCGGAGAGUAGUGCGAGUGGGAAGUAG